AUGGACGUGGACGUGGACGUAGACGUGGACAUGGUCGUGGACGUGGACGUGGACGUGGACAUGGACGUGGACAUGGACGUGGACGUGGACGUGGACGUGGACGUGGACGUGGACCUGGACGUGGACGUGGACGUGGACGUGGACGUGGACGUGGACGUGGACGGGGACGUGGACGUGGACGUGGACGUGGACGUGGACGUGGUCGUGGACGUGGACGUGGACGUGGACGUGGACGGGGACGUGGACGUGGACGUGAACGUGGACGUGGACGUGGACGUGGACGUGGACGGGGACGUGGUCGUGGACGUGGACGUGGACGUGGAGGUAGACGUGGACGUGGACGUGGACGGGGACGUGGACGUGGACGUGGACGUGGACGGGGACGUGGACGUGGACGUGGACGUGGACGUGGACGUGGACGUGGACGACGUGGACGUGGACGUGGACGUGGACGUGGACGUGGACGUGGACGUGGACAUGGACAUGGACGUGGACGUGGACGUGGACGUGGACAUGGACGAGGACAUGGACGUGGACAUGGACGUGGACGUGGACGUGGACGUGGACAUGGACAUGGACGUGGACGUGGACGUUGACAUGGACGUGGACAUGGACGUCGACAUGGACGUAGACGUGGACGUGGACGUGGACGUGGACAAGGACGUGGACGUGGACAUGGACGUGGACAUGGACGUGGACGUGGACGUGGACAUGGACAUGGACGUGGACGUGGACGUGGACGUGGACGUGGACAUGGACGUGGACGUGGACAUGGACGUGGACGACGUGGCCGUGGACAUGGACGUGGACAUGGACGUGGACAUGGACGUGGACGUGGACGUGGACGUGGACGUGGACGUGGACGUGGACGUGGACGUGGACGUGGACCUGGACGUGGACGUGGACGUGGACGUGGACAUGGACGUGGACCUGGACGUGGAGGUGGACGUGGACGUGGACGUGGAGGUGAACGUGGACGUGGACGUGGACUUGGACGUGGACAUGGACGUGGACGUGGACGUGGAUGUGGACGUGGACGUGGACGUGGACAUGGACGUGGACGUGGACGUGGACAUGGACGUGGACGUGGACAUGGACGUGGACGAGGACGUGGACGUGGACGUGGACGUGGACGUGGACGUGGACUUGGACGUGGACAUGGACGUGGACGUGGACGUGGACGUGGACGUGGACGUGGACAUGGACAGGGACGUGGACGUGGACGUGGACGUGGACAUGGACGUAGACGUGGACGUGGACGUGGAGGUGGACGUGGACGUGGACGUGGACAUGGUCGUGGACGUGGACCUGGACGAGGACGUGGACGUGGACGUGAACGUGGACAUGGACGUGGACGUGGACGUGGACGUGGACGUGGACAUGGACGUGGACGUGGACGUGGACAUGGACGUGGACAUGGACGUCGACAUGGACGUGGACGUGGACGUGGACGUGGACGUGGACAUGGACAUGGACGUGGACAUGGACGUCGACAUGGACGUGGACGUGGACGUGGACGUGGACAUGGACGUGGACGUGGACAUGGACGUGGACAUGGACGUGGACAUGGACGUGGACUUGGACGUGGACGUGGACGUGGACGUGGACGUGGACGUGGACGUGGACAUGGACGUGGAUGUGGACAUGGACGUGGACGUGGACGUGGACGUGGACAUGGUCGUGGACGUGGACGUGGACGUGGACGUGGACAUGGUCGUGGACGUGGACGUGGACGUGGACGUGGACGUGGACGUGGACGUGGACAUGGACGUUGACGUGGACGUAGACAUGGACGUGGACGUGGACGUGGACGUGGACGUGGACGUGGACGAGGGACGUGGACGUGGACGUGGACGUGACGUGGACGUGGGCGUGGACGUGGGCGUGGACGUGGGCGUGGGCGUGGACAUGGGCGUGGACAUGGGCGUGGGCGUGGACGUGGACGUGGACGUGGACGUGGACGUAGACGUGGACGUGGACGUGGACGUGUACGUGGACGUGGACGUGGACCUGGACGUGGACCUAGACGUGGACGUGGACGUGGACGUGGUCGUGGACGUGGUCGUGGACGUGGACGUGGACGGGGACGUGGACGUGGACGUGGACGUGGUCGUGGACGUGGACGUGGACGUGGACGUGGACGUGGACGUGGACGUGGACGUGGUCGUGGACGUGGUCGUGGACGUGGUCGUGGUCGUGGUCGUGGACGUGGACGUGGACGUGGACGUGGACGUGGACGUGGACGUGGACCUGGACCUGGACCUGGACGUGGACGUGGACGUGGACGUGGACGUGGACGUGGUCGUGGACGUGGACGUGGACAUGGACGUGGACGUGGCCGUGGACGUGGACGUCGACGUGGACGUGGACGUGGACGUGGGCGUGGACGUGGACGUGGACGUGGACGUGGACGUGGACAUGGUCGUGGACGUGGACGUGGACGUGGACGUGGACAUGGACGUUGACGUGGACGUAGACAUGGACGUGGACGUGGACGUGGACGUGGACGUGGACGUGGACGAGGGACGUGGACGUGGACGUGGACGUGACGUGGACGUGGGCGUGGACGUGGGCGUGGACGUGGGCGUGGGCGUGGACAUGGGCGUGGACAUGGGCGUGGGCGUGGACGUGGACGUGGACGUGGACGUAGACGUGGACGUGGAUGUGGACGUGGACGUGAACGUGGACCUGGACGUGGACCUGGACGUGGACGUGGACGUGGACGUGGUCGUGGACGUGGUCGUGGACGUGGACGUGGACGGGGACGUGGACGUGGACGUGGACGUGGACGUGGACGUGGUCGUGGACGUGGACGUGGACGUGGACGUGGACGUGGACGUGGACGUGGACGUGGUCGUGGACGUGGUCGUGGACGUGGUCGUGGUCGUGGUCGUGGACGUGGACGUGGACGUGGACGUGGACGUGGACGUGGACCUGGACCUGGACGUGGACGUGGACGUGGACGUGGACGUGGACGUGGACGUGGUCGUGGACGUGGACGUGGACGUGGACGUGGACGUGGCCGUGGACGUGGACGUCGACGUGGACGUGGACGUGGACGUGGGCGUGGACGUGGAUGUGGACGUGGACGUGGUCGUGGACGUGGACGUGGUCGUGGUCGUGGACGUGGACGUGGACGUGGACGUGGACGUGGUCGUGGACGUGGACGUGGACGUGGACGUGGACGUGGACGUGGACGUGGAGAUGGACGUGGACGUGGACGUGGACGUGGACGUGGACGUGGUCGUGGACGUGGAUGUGGACGUGGACGUGGACGUGGACGUGGACGUGGACGUGGACGUGGACGUGGACGUGGACGUGGUCGUGGACGUGGACGUGGACGUGGUCGUGGACGUGGUCGUGGACGUGGACGUGGACGUGGUCGUGGACGUGGACGUGGACGUGGACGUGGACGUGGACAUGGACGUGGACGUGGACGUGGACAGGGACGUGGACGUGGACGUGGACGUGGACGUGGACCUGGUCGUGGACGUGGACAGGGACGUGGACCUGGACGUGGACGUGGACGUGGACGUGGACGUGGACGUGGACGUGGACAUGGACGUGGACGUGGACGUGGACGUGGACAUGGACGUGGACGUGGACAUGGACAGGGACGUGGAGGUGGACGUGGACGUGGACGUAGACGUGGACGUGGACGUGGACAUGGACGUGGACGUGGACGUGGACGUGGAGGUGGACAUGGACGUGGACGUGGACGUGGACGUGGACGUGGACGUGGACGUAGACGUGGACGUGGACGUGGACGUGUACGUGGACGUGGACGUGGACCUGGACGUGGACCUAGACGUGGACGUGGACGUGGACGUGGUCGUGGACGUGGUCGUGGACGUGGACGUGGACGGGGACGUGGACGUGGACGUGGACGUGGUCGUGGACGUGGACGUGGACGUGGACGUGGACGUGGACGUGGACGUGGACGUGGACGUGGUCGUGGACGUGGUCGUGGACGUGGUCGUGGUCGUGGUCGUGGACGUGGACGUGGACGUGGACGUGGACGUGGACGUGGACGUGGACCUGGACCUGGACCUGGACGUGGACGUGGACGUGGACGUGGACGUGGACGUGGUCGUGGACGUGGACGUGGACAUGGACGUGGACGUGGCCGUGGACGUGGACGUCGACGUGGACGUGGACGUGGACGUGGGCGUGGACGUGGACGUGGACGUGGACGUGGACGUGGACAUGGUCGUGGACGUGGACGUGGACGUGGACGUGGACAUGGACGUUGACGUGGACGUAGACAUGGACGUGGACGUGGACGUGGACGUGGACGUGGACGUGGACGUGGACGAGGGACGUGGACGUGGACGUGGACGUGACGUGGACGUGGGCGUGGACGUGGGCGUGGACGUGGGCGUGGGCGUGGACAUGGGCGUGGACAUGGGCGUGGGCGUGGACGUGGACGUGGACGUGGACGUAGACGUGGACGUGGACGUGGACGUGGACGUGAACGUGGACCUGGACGUGGACCUGGACGUGGACGUGGACGUGGACGUGGUCGUGGACGUGGUCGUGGACGUGGACGUGGACGGGGACGUGGACGUGGACGUGGACGUGGACGUGGACGUGGUCGUGGACGUGGACGUGGACGUGGACGUGGACGUGGACGUGGACGUGGUCGUGGACGUGGUCGUGGACGUGGUCGUGGUCGUGGUCGUGGACGUGGACGUGGACGUGGACGUGGACGUGGACGUGGACCUGGACCUGGACGUGGACGUGGACGUGGACGUGGACGUGGACGUGGACGUGGUUGUGGACGUGGACGUGGACGUGGACGUGGACGUGGCCGUGGACGUGGACGUCGACGUGGACGUGGACGUGGACGUGGGCGUGGACGUGGAUGUGGACGUGGACGUGGUCGUGGACGUGGACGUGGUCGUGGUCGUGGACGUGGACGUGGACGUGGACGUGGACGUGGUCGUGGACGUGGACGUGGACGUGGACGUGGACGUGGACGUGGACGUGGAGAUGGACGUGGACGUGGACGUGGACGUGGACGUGGACGUGGUCGUGGACGUGGAUGUGGACGUGGACGUGGACGUGGACGUGGACGUGGACGUGGACGUGGACGUGGACGUGGACGUGGUCGUGGACGUGGACGUGGUCGUGGACGUGGUCGUGGACGUGGACGUGGACGUGGUCGUGGACGUGGACGUGGACGUGGACGUGGACGUGGACAUGGACGUGGACGUGGACGUGGACAGGGACGUGGACGUGGACGUGGACGUGGACGUGGACCUGGUCGUGGACGUGGACAGGGACGUGGACCUGGACGUGGACGUGGACGUGGACGUGGACGUGGACGUGGACGUGGACAUGGACGUGGACGUGGACGUGGACGUGGACAUGGACGUGGACGUGGACAUGGACAGGGACGUGGAGGUGGACGUGGACGUGGACGUAGACGUGGACGUGGACGUGGACAUGGACGUGGACGUGGACGUGGACGUGGAGGUGGACAUGGACGUGGACGUGGACGUGGACAUAGACGUGGACGUGGACGUGGACGUGGACGUGGACGUGGACUUGGACGUGGACAUGGACGUGGACGUGGACAUGGACGUGGACGUGGACAGGGACGUGGACGUGGACAUGGACGUGGAGGACUUGGACGUGGACGUGGACAGGAACGUGGACGUGGACAUGGACGUGGUGAACGUGGACGUGGACGUGGACGUCGACGUGGACGUGGACGUGGACGUGGACAUGGACGUGGACGUGGACGUGGACAGGGACGUGGACGUGGACGUGGACGUGGACGUGGACCUGGUCGUGGACGUCGACAGGGACGUGGACCUGGACGUGGACGUGGACGUGGACGUGGACAUGGACGUGGACAUGGACGUGGACGUGGACGUGGACGUGGACGUGGACAUGGACGUGGACGUGGACAUGGACAGGGACGUGGAGGUGGACGUGGACGUGGACGUAGACGUGGACGUGGACGUGGACAUGGACGUGGACGUGGACGUGGACGUGGAGGUGGACAUGGACGUGGACGUGGACGUGGACAUGGACGUGGACGUGGACGUGGACGUGGACGUGGACUUAGACGUGGACAUGGACGUGGACGUGGACAUGGACGUGGACGUGGACAGGGACGUGGACGUGGACAUGGACGUGGAGGACAUGGACGUGGACGUGGACAGGAACGUGGACGUGGACAUGGACGUGGUGGACGUGGACGUGGACGUCGACGUGGACGUGGACGUGGACGUGGACGUGGACAUGGACGUGGACAUGGACGUGGACGUGGACGUGGACGUGGACGUGGACGUGGCCGUGGACGUGGACGUGGACGUGGACGUGGACGUGGACGUGGACGUGGACUUGGACGUGGACGUGGACGUGGACGUGGACGUGGACGUGGACGUGGACGUGGACGUGGUCGUGGACGUGGACGUGGACGUGGACGUGGACGUGGACGGGGACGUGGACGUGGACGUGGACGUGGACGUGGACGUGGACGUGGUCGUGGACGUGGACGUGGUCGUGGUCGUGGACGUGGACGUGGACGUGGACGUGGACGUGGACGUGGACGUGGUCGUGGACGUGGACGUGGUCGUGGACGUGGUCGUGGACGUGGACGUGGACGUGGUCGUGGACGUGGACGUGGACAUGGACGUGGACGUGGACAGGGACGUGGACGUGGACGUGGACAGGGACAGGGACGUGGACGUGGACGUGGACGUGGACGUGGACGCGGACCUGGUCGUGGACGUGGACAGGAACGUGCACGUGGACGUUGACGUGGACGUGGACGUGGACGUGGACGUGGACGUGGACAUGGACGUGGACGUGGACGUGGACGUGGACGUGGACGUGGACGUGGACGUGGUCGUGGACGUGGACGUGGACUUGGACGUGGAAGUGGACGUGGACGUGGACGUGGACGUGGACGUGGACGUGGACGUGGUCGUGGACGUGGACGUGGUCGUGGACGUGGUCGUGGACGUGGACGUGGACGUGGACGUGGUCGUGGACGUGGUCGUGGUCGUGGUCGUGGACGUGGACGUGGACGUGGACGUGGACGUGGACGUGGACGUGGACGUGGACGGGGACGUGGACGUGGACGUGGACGUGGACGUGGACGUGGACGUGGUCGUGGACGUGGACGUGGACGUGGACGUGGACGUGGACGUGGUCGUGGACGUGGACGUGGACGUAGACGUGGACGUGGACGUGGACGUGGACGUGGACGUGACGUGGUCGUGGACGUGGACGUGGACGUGGACGUGGACGUGGUCGUGGACGUGGACGUGGACGUGGACGUGGACGUGGACGUGGACGUGGUCGUGGACGUGGUCGUGGACGUGGUCGUGGUCGUGGGUCGUGGACGUGGACGUGGACGUGGACGUGGACGUGGACGUGGACCUGGACCUGGACGUGGACGUGGACGUGGACGUGGACGUGGACGUGGACGUGGUCGUGGACGUGGACGUGGACGUGGACGUGGCCGUGGACGUGGACGUCGACGUGGACGUGGACGUGGACGUGGGCGUGGACGUCGACGUGGACGUGGACGUGGUCGUGGACGUGGACGUGGUCGUGGUCGUGGACGUGGACGUGGACGUGGACGUGGACGUGGUCGUGGACGUGGACGUGGACGUGGACGUGGACGUGGACGUGGACGUGGACGUGGACGUGGAGAUGGACGUGGACGUGGACGUGGACGUGGACGUGGUCGUGGACGUGGACGUGGACGUGGACGUGGACGUGGACGUGGACGUGGACGUGGUCGUGGACGUGGACGUGGACGUGGUCGUGGACGUGGUCGUGGACGUGGACGUGGACGUGGACGUGGACGUGGACGUGGAGAUGGACGUGGAGAUGGACGUGGACGUGGACGUGGACGUGGUCGUGGACGUGGACGUGGACGUGGACGUGGUCGUGGACGUGGACGUGGACGUGGUCGUGGACGUGGUCGUGGACGUGGACGUGGACGUGGACGUGGACUUGGACGUGGACAUGGACGUGGACGUGGACAUGGACGUGGACAUGGACAGGGACGUGGACGUGGACAUGGACGUGGAGGACUUGGACGUGGACGUGGACAGGAACGUGGACGUGGACAUGGACGUGGUGAACGUGGACGUGGACGUGGACGUCGACGUGGACGUGGACGUGGACGUGGACAUGGACGUGGACGUGGACGUGGACAGGGACGUGGACGUGGACGUGGACGUGGACGUGGACCUGGUCGUGGACAGGGACGUGGACCUGGACGUGGACGUGGACGUGGACGUGGACGUGGACGUGGACAUGGACGUGGACGUGGACGUGGACGUGGACGUGGACAUGGACGUGGACGUGGACAUGGACAGGGACGUGGAGGUGGACGUGGACGUGGACGUAGACGUGGACGUGGACGUGGACAUGGACGUGGACGUGGACGUGGACGUGGACGUGGACGUGGAGGUGGACAUGGACGUGGACGUGGACGUGGACAUGGACGUGGACGUGGACGUGGACGUGGACGUGGACUUAGAUGUGGACAUGGACGUGGACGUGGACAUGGACGUGGACGUGGACAGGGACGUGGACGUGGACAUAGACGUGGAGGACUUGGACGUGGACGUGGACAGGAACGUGGACGUGGACAUGGACGUGGUGGACGUGGACGUGGACGUGGACGUCGACGUGGACGUGGACGUGGACGUGGACGUGGACAUGGACGUGGACGUACGUGGACGUGGACGUGGACGUGGACGUGGACAUGGACGUGGACAUGGACGUGGAGGACUUGGACGUGGACGUGGACGUGGACGUGGACGUGGACGUGGACGUGGACUUGGUCAUGCACGUGGACGUGGACGUGGACGUGGACGUGGACAUGGACGUGGACGUACGUGGACGUGGACGUGGACGUGGACAUGGACGUGGACGUGGACGUGGACGUGGACGUGGACGUGGACGUGGACUUGGACGUGGACGUGGACGUGGACGUGGACGUGGACGUGGUCGUGGACGUGGACGUGGUCGUGGACGUGGACGUGGACGUGGACUUGGACGUGGACGUGGACGUGGACGUGGACGUGGACGUGGACGUGGACGUGGACGUGGACGUGGACGUGGUCGUGGACGUGGUCGUGGACGUGGACGUGGACGGGGACGUGGACGUGGACGUGGACGUGGACGUGGACGUGGUCGUGGACGUGGACGUGGUCGUGGACGUGGACGUGGACGUGGACGUGGACGUGGUCGUGGACGUGGACGUGGACGUGGACGUGGACGUGGACGUGGACGUGGACGUGGACGUGGACGUGGUCGUGGACGUGGACGUGGACGUGGACGUGGACGGGGACGUGGACGUGGACGUGGGACGUGGACGUGGACGUGGACGUGGUCGUGGACGUGGACGUGGUCGUGGUCGUGGACGUGGACGGGGACGUGGACGUGGCCGUGGACGUGGACGUGGACGUGGACGUGGACGUGGACGUGGACUUGGACGUGGACGUGGACGUGGACGUGGACGUGGACGUGGACGUGGACGUGGACGUGGUCGUGGACGUGGACGUGGACGUGGACGUGGACGUGGACGGGGACGUGGACGUGGACGUGGACGUGGACGUGGACGUGGACGUGGUCGUGGACGUGGACGUGGUCGUGGUCGUGGACGUGGACGUGGACGUGGACGUGGACGUGGACGUGGACGUGGACGUGGACGUGGACGUGGUCGUGGACGUGGACGUGGUCGUGGACGUGGUCGUGGACGUGGACGUGGACGUGGUCGUGGACGUGGACGUGGACGUGGACGUGGACGUGGACAGGGACGUGGACGUGGACGUGGACAGGGACAGGGACGUGGACGUGGACGUGGACGUGGACGUGGACGUGGACGCGGACCUGGUCGUGGACGUGGACAGGAACGUGGACGUGGACGUUGACGUGGACGUGGACGUGGACGUGGACGUGGACGUGGACGUGGACGUGGACAUGGACGUGGACGUGGACGUGGACGUGGACGUGGACGUGGACGUGGUCGUGGACGUGGACGUGGACUUGGACGUGGAAGUGGACGUGGACGUGGACGUGGACGUGGACGUGGACGUGGACGUGGUCGUGGACGUGGUCGUGGACGUGGUCGUGGACGUGGACGUGGACGUGGACGUGGUCGUGGACGUGGUCGUGGUCGUGGACGUGGACGUGGACGUGGACGUGGACGUGGACGUGGACGUGGACGUGGACGUGGACGUGGACGUGGACGGGGACGUGGACGUGGACGUGGACGUGGACGUGGACGUGGACGUGGUCGUGGACGUGGACGUGGACGUGGACGUGGACGUGGACGUGGUCGUGGACGUGGACGUGGACGUAGACGUGGACGUGGACGUGGACAUGGACGUGGACGUGGUCGUGGACGUGGACGUGGUCGUGGUCGUGGACGUGGACGUGGACGUGGACGUGGACGUGGACGUGGUCGUGGACGUGGACGUGGACGUGGACGUGGACGUGGACGUGGACGUGGACGUGGACGUGGUCGUGGACGUGGACGUGGACGUGGACGUGGACGUGGACGUGGACGUGGACGUGGUCGUGGACGUGGUCGUGGACGUGGUCGUGGUCGUGGUCGUGGACGUGGACGUGGACGUGGACGUGGACGUGGACCUGGACCUGGACCUGGACGUGGACGUGGACGUGGACGUGGACGUGGACGUGGUCGUGGACGUGGACGUGGACGUGGACGUGGCCGUGGACGUGGACGUCGACGUGGACGUGGACGUGGGCGUGGACGUGGACGUGGACGUGGACGUGGUCGUGGACGUGGACGUGGUCGUGGUCGUGGACGUGGACGUGGACGUGGACGUGGACGUGGACGUGGUCGUGGACGUGGACGUGGACGUGGACGUGGACGUGGACGUGGACGUGGACGUGGAGAUGGACGUGGAGAUGGACGUGGACGUGGACGUGGACGUGGUCGUGGACGUGGACGUGGACGUGGACGUGGACGUGGACAUGGACGUGGACGUGGACGUGGUCGUGGACGUGGACGUGGACGUGGUCGUGGACGUGGUCGUGGACGUGGACGUGGACGUGGUCGUGGACGUGGACGUGGACGUGGACGUGGACGUGGACAUGGACGUGGACGUGGACGUGGACAGGGACGUGGACGUGGACGUGGACGUGGACCUGGUCGUGGACGUGGACAGGGACGUGGACCUGGACGUGGACGUGGACGUGGACGUGGACGUGGACAUGGACGUGGACGUGGACGUGGACGUGGACGUGGACAUGGACGUGGACGUGGACAUGGACAGGGACGUGGAGGUGGACGUGGACGUGGACGUGGACGUGGACGUGGACGUGGACAUGGACGUGGACGUGGACGUGGACGUGGACGUGGACGUGGAGGUGGACAUGGACGUGGACGUGGACGUGGACAUGGACGUGGACGUGGACGUGGACGUGGACGUGGACUUGGACGUGGACAUGGACGUGGACGUGGACAUGGACGUGGACGUGGACAGGGACGUGGACGUGGACAAAGACGUGGAGGACUUGGACGUGGACGUGGACAGGAACGUGGACGUGGACAUGGACGUGGUGAACGUGGACGUGGACGUGGACGUCGACGUGGACGUGGACGUGGACGUGGACAUGGACGUGGACGUGGACGUGGACAGGGACGUGGACGUGGACGUGGACGUGGACGUGGACCUGGUCGUGGACGUGGACAGGGACGUGGACCUGGACGUGGACGUGGACGUGGACGUGGACAUGGACGUGGACGUGGACGUGGACGUGGACGUGGACAUGGACGUGGACGUGGACAUGGACAGGGACGUGGAGGUGGACGUGGACGUGGACGUAGACGUGGACGUGGACGUGGACAUGGACGUGGACGUGGACGUGGACGUGGAGGUGGACAUGGACGUGGACGUGGACGUGGACAUGGACGUGGACGUGGACGUGGACGUGGACGUGGACUUAGACGUGGACAUGGACGUGGACGUGGACAUGGACGUGGACGUGGACAGGGACGUGGACGUGGACAUGGACGUGGAGGACUUGGACGUGGACGUGGACAGGAACGUGGACGUGGACAUGGACGUGGUGGACGUGGACGUGGACGUGGACGUCGACGUGGACGUGGACGUGGACGUGGACAUGGACGUGGACAUGGACGUGGACGUGGACGUGGACGUGGACGUGGACGUGGCCGUGGACGUGGACGUGGACGUGGACGUGGACGUGGACGUGGACUUGGACGUUGACGUGGACGUGGACGUGGACGUGGACGUGGACGUGGACGUGGACGUGGUCGUGGACGUGGACGUGGACGUGGACGUGGACGUGGACGUGGACGGGGACGUGGACGUGGACGUGGACGUGGACGUGGACGUGGACGUGGUCGUGGACGUGGACGUGGUCGUGGUCGUGGACGUGGACAAAGACGUGGACGUGGACGUGGACGUGGACGUGGACGUGGUCGUGGACGUGGACGUGGUCGUGGACGUGGUCGUGGACGUGGACGUGGUCGUGGACGUGGACGUGGACGUGGACGUGGACGUGGACAGGGACGUGGACGUGGACGUGGACAGGGACAGGGACGUGGACGUGGACGUGGACGUGGACGUGGACGCGGACCUGGUCGUGGACGUGGACAGGAACGUGGACGUGGACGUUGACGUGGACGUGGACGUGGACGUGGACGUGGACGUGGACAUGGACGUGGACGUGGACGUGGACGUGGACGUGGACGUGGACGUGGACGUGGACGUGGACGUGGUCGUGGACGUGGACGUGGACUUGGACGUGGAAGUGGACGUUGACGUGGACGUGGACGUGGACGUGGACGUGGACGUGGUCGUGGACGUGGACGUGGUCGUGGACGUGGUCCUGGACGUGGACGUGGACGUGGACGUGGUCGUGGACGUGGUCGUGGUCGUGGUCGUGGACGUGGACGUGGACGUGGACGUGGACGUGGACGUGGACGUGGACGUGGACGGGGACGUGGACGAGGACGUGGACGUGGACGUGGACGUGGACGUGGUCACGUGGACGUGGCGUGGACGUGGACGUGGUCGUGGACGUGGACGUUGGACGUGGACCGUGGACGUGGUCGUGGACGUGGACGUGGACGUGGACGUGGACGUGGACGUGGACGUGGACGUUGACGUGGACGUGGACGUGGACGUGGACGUGGUCGUGGACGUGGACGUGGACGUGGUCGUGGACGUGGUCGUGGACGUGGACGUGGACAUGGACGUGGACGUGGACGUGGACGUGGACGUGGACGUGGACAUGGACGUGGACGUGGACAUGGACAGGGACGUGGAGGUGGACGUGGACGUGGACGUAGACGUGGACGUGGACGUGGACAUGGACGUGGACGUGGACGUGGACGUGGACGUGGAGGUGGAGGUGGACAUGGACGUGGACGUGGACGUGGACAUGGACGUGGACGUGGACGUGGACGUGGACUUGGACGUGGACAUGGACGUGGACGUGGACAUGGACAUGGACGUGGACAGGGACGUGGACGUGGACAUGGAUGUGGAGGACUUGGACGUGGACGUGGACAGGGACGUGGACGUGGACAUGGACAUGGACGUGGACGUGGACGUGGACGUGGACGUGGACGUGGACGUGGACGUGGUCGUGGUCGUGGACGUGGACGUGGUCGUGGACGUGGUCGUGGUCGUGGACGUGGACGUGGUCGUGGACGUGGACGUGGACGUGGACGUGGACGUGGACAUGGACGUGGACGUGGACGUGGACAGGGACGUGGACGUGGACGUGGACGUGGACGUGGACAUGGACGCGGACGUGGACGUGGACCUGGUCGUAGACGUGGACAGGGACGUGGACCUGGACGUGGACGUGGACGUGGACGUGGACGUGGACGUGGACGUGGACAUGGACGUGGACGUGGACGUGGACAUGGACGUGGACGUGGACGUGGACGUGGACGUGGACAUGGACGUGGACGUGGACAUGGACAGGGACGUGGAGGUGGACGUGGACGUGGACGUAGACGUGGACGUGGAGGUGGACAUGGACGAGGACGUGGACGUGGACGUGGACGUGGACGUGGACGUGGACGUGGACAUGGACGUGGACGUGGACGUGGACGUGGACGUGGACGUGGACUUGGACGUGGACAUGGACGUGGACGUGGACAUGGACAUGGACGUGGACAGGGACGUGGACGUGGACAUGGACGUGGAGGACUUGGACGUGGACGUGGACAGGGACGUGGACGUGGACAUGGACGUGGUGGACGUGGACGUGGACGUGGACGUGGACGUGGACGUGGACGUGGACAUGGACGUGGACGUACGUGGACGUGGACGUGGACGUGGACGUGGACAUGGACGUGGACAUGGACGUGGAGGACUUGGACGUGGACGUGGACGUGGACGUGGACGUGGACGUGGACGUGGACAUGACGUGGACGUGGACGUGGACGUGGACGUGGGCGUGGACGUGGGCGUGGACGUGGACAUGGGCGUGGGCGUGGACGUGGACGUGGACGUGGACGUAGACGUGGACAUGGUCGUGGUCGUGGACAUGGUCGUGGACGUGGACGUGGACGUACGUGGACGUGGACGUGGACGUGGACGUGGACAUGGACGUGGACAUGGACGUGGAGGACUUGGACGUGGACGUGGACGUGGACGUGGACGUGGACGUGGACGUGGACAUGACGUGGACGUGGACGUGGACGUGGACGUGGGCGUGGACGUGGGCGUGGACGUGGACAUGGGCGUGGGCGUGGACGUGGACGUGGACGUGGACGUAGACGUGGACAUGGUCGUGGUCGUGGACAUGGUCGUGGACGUGGACGUGGACGUGGACGUGGACGUGGACGUGGACGUGGACGUGGACGGGGACGUGGACGUGGACGUGGACGUGGACGUGGUCGUGGACGUGGACGUGGACGUGGACGUGGACGUGGACGUGGUCGUGGACGUGGACGUGGACGUGGACGUGGACGUGGAGAUGGACGUGGACGUGGACGUGGACGUGGACGUGGACGUGGACGUGGACGUGGACGGGGACGUGGACGUGGACGUGGACGUGGACGUGGACGUGGUCGUGGACGUGGACGUGGACGUGGACGUGGACGUGGUCGUGGACGUGGACGUGGACGUGGACGUGGACGUGGACGUGGUCGUGGACGUGGACGUGGUCGUGGACGUGGACGUGGACGUGGACGUGGACGUGGACGUGGUCGUGGACGUGGACGUGGACGUGGACGUGGACGUGGACGUGGACGUGGACGUGGACGUGGAGGUGGACGUGGAGAUGGACGUGGACGUGGACGUGGACGUGGACGUGGACGUGGACGUGGUCGUGGACGUCGACGUGGACGUGGUCGUGGACGUGGUCGUGGACGUGGACGUGGACGUGGUCGUGGACGUGGACGUGGACGUGGACGUGGACGUGGACGUGGACAUGGACGUGGACGUGGACGUGGACAGGGACGUGGACGUGGACGUGGACGUGGACGUGGACGUUCACUAA